AUGUCUAAAACCAUCCGACUGCCAGAGUUCUGGGAACGGAACCCCUCGGCGUGGUUCAUCCAAGCAGAGGCCCGUUUGGAACUCUCGAGGAUUACGUCCCAGACUCGCAAGUACCUCCUCGUGGUCGACGCGCUUCCAGCGGCCGUCAUCUACGAGAUUUUCAACCUUCUCCAUUCGUUCGCGCACGACCUACCAGAGUCGCCUUACAACGUAAUCAAGGCUGCUAUACUCGACCGCACGGCUAUGUCGGAACGCACACGGUUGCAACAGCUACUCUCAAUCGAACAACUCCGCGAUCAACGGCCAAGCCAGCUACUGCAUCGAUUCCUUAACCUGCUCGGCCCACGCGUUUCCACCACGGACAGCACCUUCGUCCGUGAGCUAUUCCUUCAGCACUUGCCCACCCAAAUCCAGAUGGUGCUGGCGACUGCUUCAACCCAGAAUUUGUCAGAGCUCGCUACAUUGGCUGACAAGGUUAUGGAAGUUGCCAAUCCGCUUCUAGUGGUUGCAGCUGCAAUUCCGGCUUCAGCAUCGCACGCCGUCAGCCAUUCACUGACAAAGCGGUCCGAGCCAGCAUCAACAUCAUUUCCCGUCGCUGAGUAA